GCAGCCAGUAGCAAAAUAUAAACUUUAUUUAUAGUGACCAUGAAUCGAUCGUCCUUUAGUAACACUAAGGUUUUGUGUCUAAACACAACGUAGCGAGUGUCCGUUUUUUGACUACGCGGCCGAGUUCCCGCGCAAAAAAAAAUCAAGUGACAUUUUAACUUUUUAAAUUAUCCAGGCUGUGGUAUUGGAUUUCUGUUUGGAGUGUUUAAAAAAUUCCUGAUGCCGCCCAAUGGCACAGAGAAUUUGCUGCCUCAAAAAGCACCGAUUCGUAUUGAAAAAACAAUAAAUGUAAAACUUGAGAAGAAUGAACGAAACCCUGAGAAAGAGGAAGCGAUCGAGCCUCCUGUUUCUUGCUCUUGCAAGGAAGUUGGAUUCGGAGCAGGUGAUGCAAUAUUCGCGAGCGUGCUGGUAGCCCCCCUGGUGGUUGGAGUGUGGCGGGGCACCUGGGGGGUGAUGGAACUGCACCCUCGUAUGUUCCCCCACGCACAGAUUUACUUGCUGGGGAUGCUUAUUCACGCAUGUUUGUCUGUUGCUAAAACGCGUCUCUUCGCCCGCUCAGCGAACGCGUGGCGCGAAGGCGGAGCGGGGCGGUGGCUGCGCGAGCGACUGCUCACUUGCUGCUAUACAUACAUAUUCAUCCUGGCCUGCAUCAUGCAUUGGAGAGGUGGUUGGGGACUGAUUGAUAGCUUCGUUGAUGUGGUUUUGCCGGAUUGUAAUGAUCCUCUCAGACCAGUAGUAAUAGCAGGCUACGUAGUGACCUUCUACAUAACGAUAACCCUACUGCGCUCGUCCCGCAACCUCCUGGCCACUCCUUAUUUCCUGGUAACUGAUGGGAAGGAAGCUACCUACAUGUUUCAGACUCGAUUUAGAAUGAGUAGUAGAGAAACAGCGCUUUACAUUUUGGACUGCGUUUUCUCGGUCACGGUGGUCGGGUCCCUCGUCGUCUUCGUGUGGAGAGGAUCUUGGGCGCUAUUGGAUAUAUUCCUGUUCCCGGAUGACCCAAGCAAGUCAUGUUGGACUUCUCUUAUAAUGGGCUAUUCACUUGUAGUAAUAACGUUUUCACUACAAGUUCCUAUGAGAUGGGCAGCUGCGAAACUUCAGGGGGCGGGGAGACUGCUCCUAGUUGACGUUUACCACCUCGUGUCGUUUCUGGCGACCGUCAAUGUGUGGAGGGGGGUGUGGGGUCUACUGGAUAUAUACUUCUAUCCCCAAUCACCGAAACUCAGCAACUGGUCAUCACACGUCGUCAGUCUGGCGCUGCUGAUUCUGCUGAACUGUUCCAACUCAAUCCUGGUCCGCGGAGUGUACAUAGACGCAGAGGAACCAGCAGGAGACUGUGUGAUCUUCCCCUGCCAUUACCUCCGACUCUUCUUCCACAAAGAGAGAAGCAAAAAGAGACAUAAGCUCGCUAUGGUCGCAGCUGCAGAUAGGAAAUUAGAAGAAGCAAACGUUCCCUUACAGACACCUGAAGAAAAAGUCUAAUGAACUAAUAAAGUUGAUAGACAAAUGGUCUUAUUAACCUCAUGGUUAGGUAGAAGGUUAUCGUUGUGGAGUGAAUUUAAAACUUGGCAUAUUUUUAUAUAAAUGACUGAAUAUACUUCUAAAUCUAGGUUGUGAGUGCCUUAAAUGAAGUACAUUUGGUUGCCCAGUAUUUUGUAUUUUGUUCUAUAGUUGUCACAAGUGAAAUACUCGUUAAACUAUACUCGAUCAAUCCUCAUUCAAGAAGGAAUGUACAAAGAGAUCUUGAGAUUAUAUUAAUUUAUGUAACAGUUCAAAGAGGCCUUAUUGUAAUUGUGUUAAUAUUGAAUACGUAUACAAAUUGUCUUUAUUGUAUUGUAUUGAAUUCAAAUGUUAAAACUCAAUUGUAUUUUAUGAUGCAUUUAAUGUUUAUUUUUAAAAUAAGCACAAUAUGUUAUAAAAAUAAAGUAUUAAUAUUAUAAAUAAUAAUGUGGACCAAAGAUUUUCAAUCGUUUUGUAUACAUAUCAAUAUAUUUCCAUCGUGUGGUUUCCUUAUAGUUUUACCCGAUGUGAUCAGAAAAGGGGGUAAUGUUUUUACAUGCGUUACGUUUGAGGAGGUAAUGAAAUCUAAGUCAAACUUCGAGAUCAUUCCAUCUGUAAUAUAAACGAUAGAGUUAAGUUUAUGUAAAUAAGAUUGUUUUUAAGAUGAAUACAAUAAAAUAGUUUCAUAUUCUAAA